CGUUUCAAGAUUUUGUUUUCCAAUAACGGAAAUCUUUUGGCGAAAGGGGGACAUUUAAACCAAAUUUAAUUUACUGAAAAAUAAAAAUAGAGAGAGAAAACCUUGGCGCAGGAAAUCUCUCCUACUUCUCCCUUUCUCUCUCCGAUCAGAUCGGAAUUCUCUCUUCCUUAUUUUUGCAGAAAGAGAAAGGAUUGUUUUUUUGUCGAGUUUAAAUCUUUUUGAUUUUCUAUUUUGCAUUGUAUGAAUUAUUGGGUUGUCUAUUGUGCGGUGAUUCUUGUAUACAGAGAUACGGAAUCUGUGGGUGUAUCUGGGCGGAAAUUAGUGGUGUGAUCUGGUUAUUUGAGGAGAGUUAUAGAGGUUUUUGUAACGGGAAUUUGAUGAGAAGGUGAGAAUUUGGGGCUAAGAAUUAUUGGAUGGCGUCGGCGCAGGUAUUGAAGAAGCAAGAGCAUUUGGAAGCUGGAAAGAAGAAGCUAGAGGAGUUUCGUCGAAAGAGAGCUGCAAAGAAAGCUACCUCUACUAAUGUUACAAAUGAAAAACAACCUUCAGAAACGGACAAUGUACGCAUCACCCAUUCUAAUGGGGUAGAUACUUCUGAUGCACUUACCGAAGGUCGUCUGGAAAUGUCAAAUGAUGUUCCAAAGAUUGCUGACAAGGAAUAUGAUAUUCCUAGGCAAAAUGAUUUCAUUUCUUCUAGUGAUAAGAAUGUGACUUCCUCUCAUUCAGACAGAAACAAUGACAUAAAUGCAUCUGUCCUCCCGCAUUCUUACUCAAAUAAUGAAGAGUACAGAGAUGAUGCUGCUUCCAUCCAUUUGGAAGAAUAUCAAAGUGCUCAAGAUAAAUUUCAGAGCAGGAAGGAUGGAUAUGGUACAUCAGUUGACAUUGCUUCUGUGGUUGGGAAAAAUAAUCUUUUGGGCCCCAAAGUAUCAUCUUCUGCCGAGGAAAACCACACUUCCAGUUAUUUUACUUCCGAUGGAUUAGAUAAGCACCCAUCAAAUGACAUUCAUCGCCCAGAAAAGGAUGUCUCACUUGUUAAUUCCACUACCUCAUCUAUUUCUACUGCCAAUUUUAUGCCGAAAAAUUUCGUCAGCUCUCUUGGUAAUAGCAGACAUGAGGAUUUCAAACUGACCACGUCAUCUUACCUAGAGUCUCAGCGUUCUUCCUCAAAUAUAAACGACUCGGCAUUUGGACUUAAAGAGAAGUUCUCUGUGUUUUCUGGCAUGGGAGAGAAGAAAUUUGGUAGUGCUUUUAAUCAUUUGGAGAGUACAAACCAUUCUUCUUCAUGGACAUCUGAUGAGAAAUAUUCUGAUUACAACUCUGAGGCACUGAGCUCAUCGAAUCGUGGACCCCCAUCUCCACCCGCAUCUGGGAGGAGAUCACGCCCAUCUUUUCUCGAUACCAUUCAGAUCUCUAAAGGCCCUUCAUCAUCUCCUACUCUCUUUGGCACAGAAAAAGAUGAUAUAUCAAGUUCCAAGGUUUACCCAGUGGAUGGUUUGGGAUCAUCAGCUCCUCAGAGAUUCACCAACACUCCAGUUACAUCUGGGGAUGGGGUUGGCUUAUUUAAUAUCACCGAAAACAAACAUGACUUCUUUUCCCAGAAGCAGAAUGAAGAUUUUGCUGCUUUAGAACAGCAUAUCGAAGAUUUAACGCAAGAAAAAUUCUCGUUGCAACGUGCUCUUGAAGCUUCACGGGCAUUAGCAGAAUCUUUGGCUUCUGAAAAUUCUGCUUUAACAGAUAACUAUAAUCAACAGGGAACAGUCGUCAACCAGCUUAAGUCUGACCUUGGAAGUUUGCAGGAAGAAAUCAAAGCCCAACUGGCGGAACUUGAGGCUGUAAAAAUAGAAUAUUCUAAUACCCUGCUGGAAUGCAAUGCCGCUGAUGAACGAGCAAAACUAUUGGCUUCUGAAGUUAUUGCACUGGAAGAAAAGGCAUUGCGGUUGAGGUCUAAUGAGUUAAAACUAGAGAGGGAGUUGGAGAACACCCAUGCUGAGAUGUAUUCUCAUAGGAAGAAAAUGUCAAGCAUUGAGAAAGACCGUCAAGAUCUUCAAUCAACUAUUGAUGCCUUACAAGAAGAGAAAAAGCUGUUACAGUCCAAAUUACGAAAAGCUUCGUCAAGUGGUAAAUCAAGCGACUUCAACAAGACUUCAACCACUAAAACAGAUGUAUCAACUUCCACGGAGGAUCUUGAUACCAAUGCAACCACAGAGUCUGCAAACUUGGGAAGUUCUGGCACUGUCCUGCUUGGGGAUGAGGGCCCUAGUUCUCAGUUUUCCCCUGAAAAUGCACACCUCAAUCUUGAAGGUCUACCUGUGGCGUUUCCUUCUGAUCAAAUAAGAAUGAUUCAAAACAUCAACACAUUAAUUGUGGAGUUGACUUUGGAGAAGGAUCAGUUGAUGCAAGCCUUGUCAGCAGAGUCAUCCCAAAGCUCUAAGCUUUUGGAACUGAACAAAGAAUUGACCCGAAAGCUUGAAGCUCAGACACAGAGAUUAGAGCUUUUAAUGGCUCAAAGUAUGGCAAAUGGUAAUAACCAAUUGAGACAUCAGGAUAUCCGGACUGUGCCUGAAAGCACAACGUAUGCAGAUGAAGGAGAUGAGGUGGUGGAAAGGGUUUUGGGCUGGAUCAUGAAGCUCUUCCCUGGUGGGCCAUCAAGACGACGGCCAAGCAAGCAUCUUUGAUUUUGUAUUAUACUCUUCCUCAGCACAAGCUUUUGUGUGGAUCUUCGUUCCCCGCUCCCAUUUUUGGUGGCUAUGAGGCUGCAGUUUUUGUAUACAACGAGUCAUCGUACAUCCAUUCUUUUUCUCAAAAGAUGUUAUCUUGGAGAGUCUUCCAUUCUUUUCCGCGGAAGAUGUUAUCUUGGAGAGGACUUCGCACAAGAUUCAAGGUGUCGUUUCUCUGCCAAUUUUGGAAUGAAGGUAGUCUAAUUUUUUUCCCCCUGGCCAAUUAAGUGUUUUUUUUAACACUGUUAUUAGAAAAGGGCAAAAAGGAAACUAUUUGGACUUUGGGAAUGAAAGAUGCAAUGCAGUUGUAUCAGUGUGCGAGUGAGAUGAAUGAUAAUAGCUCUGUAUUAUUUUCUUUUUUUCCCUUUCCUUUCCUUUUCUUUUUUUUUUCUUCUCAGAUUUUUGUUUGUGUAAUCAUCUUGUAUACUGAAAAGUUGCACCUAAUGAAUAUGGUAAUACAACUUCUCCCUUUUGUCAGUUCA